AUCUCUUGUGCUCUACAUUCGGAACAACCAUUAAUACAACCAUCGAUUCCAUAUACUGCUUGCGUAAAUACAUAGCCACAGGAACACCCCGAAGAUGGCGAUCGCGGCAGUGGGGCAGAUAUGCUCGACUACGUCGAUGGCGCACAACCUCGAGCAGUGCGUUAAGCUUGUAGGCAAAGCCGCAGCUGCUGGGGCUAAGGUACUCUUCUUCCCCGAAGCAUCCGACUACAUCGCCACCUCACCGUCCGAGUCCCUCUCCCUCGCGAAACCCAUGGCCACCUCCCCCUUCGUGACAGGCCUCCAAUCUGCGGCACGCAAGCACUCCCUCUGCGUGCAUGUUGGAAUCCACGUGCCUGUGACUGUCCAGCCCUCUGCCCCCCAAACUACUUCUCCUUUUCAAACCACUACCGACUCCAUCAAAGAAGGUACAGACGAAACCCCCAUCACCAAGCUUUUGAACCGCAGCAUCUGGAUCCAAUCUGACGGAACCCUAAACCCCUCCGCCACCUAUGACAAAUUGCACCUCUUCGACUACCCCCCGCUUCUCGAGUCCGCCAUCACCCAGCCCGGCGCCUCUCUAGUACCCCCCUUUGCCUCCCCCAUCGGGCAAAUAGGCAGCCUAAUCUGUUUCGACCUGCGCUUCCCUGAAGCCUCGCUGCGUCUCUCCUGCCCGUCUCACUUCCCCUCCUCCCCGGCGCAAAUUCUCCUCUACCCCUCUGCCUUCACCGUACCCACCGGCAGAGCGCACUGGGAAGUUUUACUACGAGCUAGGGCGAUCGAGACGCGGUGUUGGGUUAUUGCUGCGGCACAGGUGGGGAGGCAUGCGGGGCAGGGGGGAAAGAGGGUUAGUUAUGGGCGGAGUUUGGUGGUGGAUCCCUGGGGGAGGGUUGUGAUGAGGUUGAAGGGGAUCAGGGGGGAGGAGGAGGAUGCGGAUACGUGGGAGGCGGAGGAGGGGGCUGUGGGGGAAUUGGGGAUCGUGGAUGUGGAUUUGGGGGUCGUGGAGGAGGUUAGGGGGCGGAUGCCGUUGGUUAGGAGGACGUGA